AUGGAGAACCCACUGUCGUCUCACUCUCACAUCCCCAAUUUCGACAUGGAAGACAACGCUUUCAGCUUCACACCCACUUCGCGGAAUCCCUCAACCAUCCCCAUCAACGUCGACGACGACGACGGCGACGGCGACGGAGACCUCCGAUCGAUCACGGCUUCUCUGCUCAAAUCAGCUCCCAAGCCCACCGAAGGAAGUAACUUUAUCGACCUCUCUGAAGAAACCCUAGACUUCUACGACGGCGACGACGAGCUCAGAAUUCUUAGGUUCAAACCAUCCAACACCCCCUUCGGAAAGCGAAGAAAAAAAACCUUUUCUGAUUUUUCCGUGACUGAAUCUGGGCAAUCUUCAAAUUCAAAAAGUGUCCCAGAUUUCGUUUGUGAAAUAUGCGUCGAUCACAAGUCGGGAAUCGAGUUGUUUCGGAUCGAAAACUGCAGCCAUGGUUACUGUACUGACUGUAUGGUUAAGUACGUGGCCUCAAAGCUUCAAGAGAACAUUACCAGCAUUAGGUGCCCAGUUCCUGAUUGCAUAGGGCUGCUGGAACCCGAGUAUUGCCGGCCGAUUCUGCCUCGGGAGGUGUUUGAUCGCUGGGGAACUGCUAUGUGUGAGGCUGUGAUUCUUGGGUCAGAGAAAUUUUACUGCCCCUAUAAGGAUUGCUCUGCAAUGUUGAUUGAUGAUGGAUCAGAGGUUGUGAGGCAAUCGGAGUGUCCUAAUUGCUGGAGAAUGUUCUGUGCUCAUUGUAAGGUUCCUUGGCACGAGGGGAUUGAUUGCGAGGAGUUUGUAAGGUUGAAUAAGGAGGAUAUCAUGUUGAUGAACCUUGCGAAGGAGAAACAAUGGCCAAGAUGCCCCAACUGUAGGUUCUUUGUGGAAAAAUCGGUGGGUUGCAUGUUCAUGAUGUGCAGGUGCAGAACUGCAUUCUGCUACAACUGUGGAGACCUUAUGAGCAACAAUCAUGCCCACAAUUGUCGCAGGAGUAACAGGAGUUGACUUGCUCUAAAAUGUACUUCCAAGUGUUGUAAUUUAUCAAUGUCUAUCGAAGAAAGUUUUAGAGCGCCAGAAGACGGUUUAAACCAACACAAAUCUGCAUUGCAGACAUUUGUUGAUAAAUAAACAAGUGGCUUGAAACUUUA